UGAGUGUUCGUUCGAGAUUUGUCGGAGAAAAUUUCGGUAAUAAUGUUGAAAUUUGUGGGAAUUAUUUAAGUAAAGGAAAGGUCACAAUUUGAAGAAAAUGGAAUCUUCCAAAAUAGAUAUUUGCUCGUUUCUUGGGAUUUGAAUUGCUUUAUCAAGAUUCUGUUGAAGUUCUAAUCUCUCUGUAAAUAAUAUGUCCGGAGCUGAGAAAAGGGAACACGGAGAAGAGAUCCCUAGAGAUCUGCUGCAGAGGUUCAUGUCCAAGAAACAGAAGUCGUCCGUUGAAGACGGAGAGGUAGAGAUUGAGUUGGACUUAGGGCUUUCUCUCAACGGUAGGUUCGGUGUGGACCCACUUGCGAAGACGAGGCUGCUCGCGCGGUCAUCUUCUAUUCCUGAUCUUGUGGUCAACGGUGGUGGAACGGAGCUGAGUAGGACUUGCUCGUUGCCUGUGGAGACGGAGGAGUGGAGGAAGAGGAAGGAGUUGCAGAGCUUGAGGAGGCUUGAGGCGAAGAGAAAGAGGUUAGAGAAGCAGAGGAACGUGAGAGUACUUAGGGAGAAACACAAAGCUGGUGGAGGAGGAGAAGAAGGAUCUAUUGGAUCUUCCGGAAGUGGUUCCUCUGGUUUGUCCGAACUCGACACCUCCCCUUCUCCUCCUGUUCAAGCAACAACAAAAGCAUCCAUAGAAAGAAGCCCAUCAAGUACUCAACCUCUGCCCGAGAAUCAAGCAGCACGUAACAUGAUAGACGACAUGCCAUGCGUGUCAACAACAGGCGAUGGACCCAACGGGAGAAAGAUAGAUGGGUUUCUGUAUAGGUACAGGAAAGGCGAUGAGGUGAGGAUUGUGUGUGUGUGCCACGGAAGCUUCCUAACGCCUGCUGAGUUCGUUAAGCAUGCAGGUGGCCGAGACGUGGCGCGCCCCUUAAAGCACAUUGUUGUAAAUCCGUCUCCCUUUUUGUGACACCCAUUAUGGUCUCUUUGGGACAGUGUCUUAUUACCAUUAUUGUUGUAUCGAUUUGGAACAAAUGUUAUAAAAUAUCUCGAGGUGUAAACAGAAA